UCCAUCCCAGAACUAAAAAUUCCAAGUCAAAAAUAUUCAAAAAUUCAGACUUCACUAAUUUCGCCACAAUACAUGUCUUCAGGGUGCGAACAUAAUGACCCAAGAUUAUCGCAGUGAUACCCCUACCCCAUAGUCAUUAUUUUGAUAGUUUCAGCCCUUAAGCAAAAUGUCCAUCUCCCUCUUUUUUCAAAAUCCAUGUAUAAAAGUCCCUCAAGUUAGGAAUUUGGCAUCAAACAGUUCCUGUGAUCCCAUCACAACAGUCUUCAAGUACAAUCAGCUUCUGUUUCUUCUUUGGAACCACCAUGAUGACCAAAGCUCUUGGUGUUUGUCUGCUGCUCGUUGCUGUGCAGAACCUCUGCGCUGCUUAUUCUAUUCCCGAGGGUCUCGUUGGCGCUGAUGUUCUAUCUACGCCCAGCCUGCACUUCACGAACCUAGACACCGGAGUCGCACUAGAUGGACAUUACAGCACCGAAAUCUCCGAUUCCCAUGAAAUUCAGGUAUUUUCAUUCCGAGGAGUGGGUUGCAACUGCAAUAAAUUGACCUGCGAAUGCUGCGCUGGUAUCGAUGUAUCAUGGCUGCCUACUACCAAAGGCUGUAUCUCAAUUGUUUACCUACCAGGCUCCUCUGCCGUUAAAAUUGCACUGAUAUUGAACAACAAGGAACUCAUCUCCAAAACUAUUUCUCUCAAGAACCCAAUUCCACUGUGCGUUAGCAUUCCCUACGUACCUGGCGGUAAAGUGUGCGCCCUAAUUCACGACAUCGAAGUCGUUGCAAACAAAUUGAAGGCGUGUGUCAAUAUGGAAGUCCGCCUAUUCGGCUCCACUGUCGUCAAAAUGGAAUUCGAUUGCUUCCAUCUUGGAUCAAUCCCAGUAGCUGAUGAGUACCUGCCGAUGCAGCCUCAAUUCUAUCCGGAACUGUACUCCCAGAGCAACCGUACUGCCUUGCAACAGGAGGAUCAAUAACACGGUGUUAUUAAGAUUAACUUGUCAUA